CAGAACUUUACUAUGUGCAUAUUUAAAUGACUGGUCAAACUGCAAGGUAUUCUGACUUGGUAUUUACCUGCCAAACUGUGUGAUCAAGACUGUUUGAGAACUGUGAAAAUGCAUUUAUGUGCUUUUCUUCUGCUGAGCUCGGGUUUGGCUCUUUGUUUUGCAUCGCCUGUGCCCCCACCUGAUAUAGUUGGCAUUAAUGGAGAAUGGAAGGGCAUUCCAGAUAUAAACAGAGGUUUAAAUCUCAGAGAAGGAGACAUCAUGAUGCCUGAGCAAAGGAGCGCCAUUCUUGGGAAUCAGUACCGGUGGAAUAUUACCAUCCCCUAUGAACUGAGUGUGAAUCUCAGCUUGAACUAUAAAGGAGUCAUUUUAAGAGCCUUUGAGCAGUUCAAACUGAAAUCAUGUAUUGACUUUGAACCCAGAGCAGCAGAAGACAUUUCUUACAUCUCUGUGGAGAGUCGUGACGGGUGUUGGUCAUAUGUCGGUCGCACAUCUCCUGGAGCUCAGACUCUUUCCAUUGGAGAUGGCUGUGGAUUUAAAGCCAUUGUUGAGCAUGAGUUUCUCCAUGCACUGGGAUUUUGGCAUGAGCAGUCAAGAUAUGACAGAGAUGAUUAUGUGACCAUUAACUAUGAAAACGUCAUUCCAGGGUAUAAGCACAAUUUCAAUAAAUACAGUGAGAAUGUGUCCACCACCCAAGACACCCCAUAUGACUACUAUUCUGUGAUGCAUUAUGAUAAAAAUGCCUUCAGCAACGGUAAUGGAUCCACAAUCAUUACCAAGCGUCCUGAGUUCCAAGAUGUGAUUGGUCAACAGCUGGACAUGAGUGAAUAUGAUGUGAUUGAACUCAACAAACUCUAUAAAUGCAAUUUGUCCGUCUCUUUCCUUGAUCACUGUAGUUUUGAUGAUGAAUCUCUGUGUCAGAUGAGCGUCUGUUCUGCUGCUGAUUAUGGCUGGAAGAGAGUGACGUCAGUGAGUGGCAUCAAUGUGACUGACCACACAUACUUGGGCAAAGAACAAAAUGGGACGUCUUUCUUCAUGCACUUCAGCACUGAGGGCAGAAAUGAGGGGGGCACAGCCAGAAUGGAGAGCAAGACAAUGACCCCUAAAAGAGACUGCAAAGUCCAGUGCCUGCAGUUCUACUACUAUCACAGUGGUCAUGAGUCUGACCAGCUCAACAUCUGGAUCCGAGAGUACCAGAAUGAAACAGACAGCAGAGGAACUCUCACACUUAUGGAUCAGAUCACAGGACCCCCUGGUAAUUACUGGAAGCUGCAUCAUGUGCCACUGAAUGCAAAUAAAACCUUCCAAGUUGUAUUUGAAGCCCGUAAAGGAGCUGGAAACUCCAGUGGAGGAUUUUCACUGGAUGAUAUCAAUAUUUCAGAGACUGAGUGUCCCCACACAUGGCAGAUAAGAGACUUUGAGAAGGUUUUGAACAACACUGAGUUUGGCACUUGGAUAUACAGUCCGUUGUAUUACUCCAGUGAUGGUUAUGGCUUUCAGGCUGGCUUAAUUGUGUAUCAAAAUUACCUUUCGAUAUAUGUUCGUCUGGUAUCUGGUGCAUAUGAUGACCAGUUGCAGUGGCCUUGUCCAUGGAGACAAAUAACCUUCCAGAUGUUUGACCAGAAUCCACACAUACAGAAGUGCAUGUCCUCUGAGAAAAGCUUCACAACUGACCCUACAUUGGUUUCUUCCUAUGGCAGUAAUUACUGGGACAAUCCUCAAAAUACUGGAACUCGUGUCGUCAUUGGCAAUGAGACUGUAUAUGUGGGUAUUUUUUGGGGCUAUAAAUAUGCCAUAAUGAAAGAUGAUCUCACUAGAAGAGAGUUUAUCAAGGGUGGUGACAUCAUAAUUUUCUUCACUAUGCAAGAUAUCUCAGGGCUUCAUCAGAAUCACUCUCUGCCCUGCCCUAAAGUUACAGUGAAGAACUUUAAUGUUACUUCUGAUGCAAGUGCUCCAUGUGCUCCAAGAGUUUUUCCUACACCUCAGAUGACCUCUACAACAACAACAACAACAACAACAAGAACAACAACAAGAACUACAACAAAUACUCCAACUACACCAGGAACUACUAAGAAUGAAUGUGUGGACAUAUUUUGCAAUUCCAGUACCAAGACAGCUUCCUCUCUGAUCAUCUUGGUGGUUUGCUUUCUUUUGCUAUUGAGUUAAUCAUGAGAAAUCAUUUUUUUCAGCCCUAUGUCAGACUACACAAGACUGCAUCUUUUAUCAGUUUUUUUUUUCCUAUAUGUAUAUGAGCAUUAAAUGUGUAUUGUUAAAUUAAAGGAUCUGCACAGAUUACAUUUAUACUCAUUUACCUACAAUCAAUGUUAAUCUUGGUGUUAAUCACAGUACUUAUCAAUUUAUUGCUCAUUCAUAAAUGUAUGAGAGGUUAAAGUAAAU